AACGGUUGUUUUACUAGAUACCUCACUGGCGACGACGCGAGAGUACCCACGUAUUUAAAACAAAAUGGCGCAGUCUUAUCUCGGUUCUUUGCCUAAUUUCGAUUACAAAUCCGGAGAGUGGUCUAUUUUUAAGGGGAAAUUAACUCAGUUUUUUAAAGUAAAUGCUACUAGUAUUACAGCCGAUAAAAAAUGUGCAGUGUUAAUAACGCAUCUUUCGGACGAUUCGUAUCGCUUGGCACGUAAUCUCGUGUACCCUAGUGAUUUAGAAGCGAAAACGUAUGACGAACUUAUUGCUGUUUUAGAUAAACAUUUUAAAAUUAAAAAGUGUUCAUUUGCUAAUAAGGCGAAGUUCUACAGUGCGACGAAAAAGCCAGACGAGUCUUUAGGAGACUGGGCGGCGCGGCUACGCGGGUUGGCAAGUUUUUGCGACCUGGGCACCGCUCUGGAGACGGUGCUGACGGACCGUUUCGUUCUCGGUCUGGGUUCCGGUCCCGAGCGCGACAAGCUGUUUGAACAAGACGCGGCGACCCUUACGUUCUCCAAGGCGUUGGAGGUCGCAGAGCAAGCGGCUAGUGCUAGGCAAGCCCAGGCGAUGGUAGGCGAAACUGGCAGUAUCGGCAACGUGCCGAUAAAGGAGGAGCCGGUGUUCCGUGCGGCGAGCGCGGCGAGCCCUGGGCGCGGCGGCGCCCGUGGCCGCGCCAGCCGCGGUGGCGGAGCUGGCGCCGGUCGUGCUACGGAUGUCGCAUCGGGUUCCAAAUGGCAUCAACGCGAUGACUUCAAUAGGUGUAAUAUUUGCGGCAUGAAAAACCACAGUGCGGAAACGUGUCGUUACAAAGGUUAUAAGUGCGGCAAGUGUGGUGUUAAGGGACACCUAAAGAAAGUAUGCAAACUAAGAUUUCACAAUAUCCAAGCACAGGGAGGAGAAUCGGAAACUUCUUGCGAGGACUGUGAGGAGUGCGCGCUAUACAAUUUAAGAUGGGGCCCCGAGCAGGAGGAGGCAUUCACCGCUAUUAAACGGGAAAUGGCUUCAGGGCGAGUCCUUACUCAUUUUGACCCGGAAGCGCGACUCGUUUUGAGUGUUGACGCUGGACCCGCCGGUCUGGGUGCCGUGAUAUCGCUUGGGCCGGAAGGUCACGAGCGACCCCUGGCUUUCGCCUCCCGGGCACUUACGCCCAGCGAGAAAAAUUACAGCCAGGUCCACAAAGAAGCCGCAGCCAUCGUAUACGGAGUGAAACAUUUCCACCAGUACCUAUACGGGCGAAUUGCUGAUAAGACAGAUAGCGCUGUGCAAGCAAACCAGUCGCCGCCGCCGCCCGCGCCCGCUUCCGCGCCUUCCCCGCGCCCUUUGACCUUUUCGCCCGCUCCGGCUCCGGCGCCGACGGCACAGGCGUUGCAACCUUCAUCCCCGUACUUACCUAUGUCAUUGUCGAGGCCGGACGCAAUUGAAGAUAUUGAUCAAGAUAUAAACGAGCCAUUAGACAUUGCAUCCGACAACGACUUUUAUGAGUGUGAUGAUAAUAAUGUAGAGGGAGAGGAAACGGAUCGACCGGUACUAGAAUCUGAAACGCUAAGCUCUGUGCCCCCGGGCCCCGCGCCCGCGUCGGCUCCCGCGAGCCCUGUACCGCCCGCGUCCCCCGCGGACUCGCAUCGGCUGCGCCCGCGAGCGCAGCAGCAGCAGCUGGCUCAGAACGAGCAGACUGAAAACCAGUCGGAUCCGGUUCCCCGCCGAUGUUCCCAGAAUAAUGUGGGAGGAGUGAUAUGUAUUGACGCUGUACCUAUGCUUCAGGAAUAA